GUUUACUUUCAGAGAUAUCCAGAUUCUGAAGACCAAGCCAUACUGAGUGUGCCAUUACUUACUUGCUUGUAAUAUAACAAAGGGAAAAAAUGAAUUUAAAAAUUCUGUGUCUUCAGUUGAUCUUCAGCUCUUUUCGCAUUUUCAGAUUUGCUCACGAGAAUUUGUGAGUGCGGCGUCCACGUCUCGUCCCAAUCAUUCCCUUCUUGUUUGAAAAAUAUCGCCUCACGCUCGCCGCCUCAUUUCGAGAGAAAACCAGACUUCCAACAGUCUAAAAAGUGCCCUGUUUCUAAACCAUCAUAGUCUGCGAGCAGGCUCACGUUUGCGGAUUGAGCGCGAGCAUUGAGCGUGCGUGGCAAGGACGCGCACGUGAGUGGCGAAGCCGUGAUUGUCACAGCGAGCGGAGCCUGCUCGCAGGCUAAAACCACCAGAAUUCAGUAAUUUUUCCCUUUACAACGCGUGUUCUAAUUGGUUAAAAAAAUCUCGUAAUUUACAAGUGUAGAAAACACUUGUCACUACCAUGUAUGGCUCAUGCUUCUGAGAUCAUGCUCAUGAAUUUUGUUCCUUUUCGUGUUCUUGCGAUUACUUGUAACACAAUGAUCUGACUUCUUCAGCUAUAAAGAUGCUGUAUUUUACCCGAUUGAAUAUACCCCAGUACGUAUUCUACUUUUUCCUGUAGCCGAGGGCAUCUUUACAUAGUACUAUGCAUUUUACUGUAUAACUUCUAUUUUCUUACGGUGAAUGGAUUUUAAAGAGCGCUCAACUCUUAGAGGAGCAUUGUAUAUUCAUUGAAUCCAGUUCAUGACUUCAGGAGUGAUUCAUCGUUGUUAUGAUGGUUUCAAUGAUGCUAUGACGCUUAUUACGUAACGCAAUAAUAAGCAUCAUAGUAACCAUGCAUUUGCUAUUUAACCGACAGCAUUUUAAUAAAUUCAUCGGUCAUUCGUUGAAAACGAUGAAUCACUCCUGAAGUUCAAUGAAUAUACAUUUUACUGUGUACAUGUUUAAUCCAUGCCUGCCCUUGCGUCUCGAAGUUAGAUGUAUACCACUUACAACAAAAACGCCAUAUUUUAGACCAAUCAGUAUCAAACCCAACAACUGCGUAAAUUUAACAUGCAUGGUUCGGAUUCGUCCAGCUCUGGUUACUGCGCAAAAUCUGUCGGAUUUGUUAUAGGUUUCCAAAGUGACAUGUUUUCUCUCGCUUAUAUGCCCUGAUGAUUGUCACUUAUUUGGUUUGGUUCAUCAUUAGCGAUUACUGAUUGUGUCUCGCUUCUUCUACCUCUCGCCCGUAACGCUACAAAAUACGCUUAGGAAUAGAUGAUACAUAGACUGUAACCUGCGUAACGUGAGUCACUAUACUCUUAUUUGGAAAUUAUAAACAAACAGUUUGCGGCUAUUCAGAUAGUCUCCUUUCACCUGCCACGUAUAACUUUACAAGCACGUUUGAAUAACAGUUUUGACGGAUAGGUGGGUGUAAGCUAAACAAAUCACUCGCGUUAGUCCUAUCCGCCACUGUUGCUCCCAAAUAAGGCCACCCGUAUACUGUCCAUUAUUUGCUCAAAGACAGCUGCUUCUCGGCACACGUCAGAUUUUAUUUCACACGAAAGCUUGUUUAACACUCACUCCGAAUGCAGAGUUCCUCUGCUGCGAACGCACGUCACGUAAAAAGCGAGAUUUGCCCUCCAAUUGACUUUAUCAGAACCUAAACUUUCUUUUCGGUCGGAAAUCAACAGUCAGGAUUUAUGGAGCCCUAAAAGAAGAAGUGGACGACUAUUUCUGAAAAAGAAAAAGCUUGUUAAAUUUUCUGCACUCGGGGAAGAUCGUUUUACCAGUGAUUCACGGUACCUCGAGAAAAGUGAUGAAAGAUAAGAAACAGUGGGCAGAAACUUUACCUCAUCGCAAGGCAAACAGCCAGAAGUUUAUAUCAGGGAUAACGCCGGUCGAUAACUGGAAAGCUAACACUGAAAUUAGUUCACGUCGGAUUGAAAUAACAAUGAAAUACAAAGAACGGCCAUUGAGGGCAUUGCUUCAGGGAUUCGCAGAAGAAACCACCGCACACGGUAUCAGCCAGAUAGCAUCAUCCAAGUCGGUAUUUUGGCGCCUUUUUUGGGUACUGGUGACGCUUGGCGGCGGAGGAAUGGUGAUCUACCAGGGAAUACUGUUGUUUAACACCUAUAUGUCCAAGCCAAUCAAGUCGGACAUCGACAUCACAUACAGACGGAGCAUCAAAUUUCCUGCGGUGACGAUAUGCAACCUAAACAUCAUUAGAAAAUCCUUCCUUCGCAAGUUUUCCCGCGCUGACACCAACACAAGUCGAAUGACCCGCGACCUGUUCGAUGAAGAAAAAAUAAAUACCCUGAAACGUUUUCUUAACACCGACUCUUCAAAUGCCGAGGAGAUCUUGAAUCUGGAAAACGUCACGAUUGACCCAGAAGAGUACACCAAGCAGCAACUUUUAAUCAACUUAGCCAGCUAUAAUGAAUCUGAAUUGGAGAGAGGAGGACAUCGCUUUCGGGAACUGGUAUUUCGCUGUUAUUUUAAAGGCUUUUCUUGCAAAGAUCGUGACUUUUUGAAGUACUGGAAAACAACAUGGAACUGGAGAUACGGUAAUUGUUUCACAUUUAAUUCUGGUGCUACCAGUCAGGGCAAACGGAAACCCGUUUUGACCAUUACCAAGCCGGGACCACAAUACGGUCUGACACUGGAUUUAUUUGUGAAUCAAAAGGAGUACAUUCCUAUACUUAGUCAAGAGGCCGGUGUUCGUGUUUUGAUAACUGGUCAACGGAGCAUCCCUUUCCCUGUUGACGAAGGCUUCACGGUCUCUCCGGGAUUUGCAACGUCUAUUGCUUUGCGACAGUUGAGCAUCACUCGAGUGGAUCCUUUCAACAACGGAAGUUGCUACAGCGCUGAAAGUGUAGAGGAAUUUUCUAUUUAUAAACGCUACAAAGGUUCAAGUUAUUCGGUGCAGGGUUGCAUGUACUCUUGUCUCGCUCGUGCACAAGUGGAUAAUUGUAAUUGCACCGAAAUGAAAUUCCCUUCUGGAAAAGGAAUCUGUUCCACGACUUCUGAAGUGAGAUGCAUUCAGGAGAUGCAACGCAGAUAUGAUGACGAUGAUGGACUUGGUUGCUCUGCAAAAUGCCCUCAACCUUGCUCAGACUAUUACGAUCAAUCAUGCUUAAAGAUAACGAUUCUGACAUUCAUGAGAUGGGAAAAAACGAGGAUGCAUUCAGGUGAGGAUCACAAUAAUAAUAAUAAAUACACCAAUUACAUUGUAACAAGGUAAAUUAUUACACUUCAUACUUUCUUCUUAUGUGUAUAGCAGUGUUUCAUUUCCAAGUAACUAACGGUGUAUUCCUGGUGCGGACUUAACAGUCAUUAAAACAAUGAGUAUUCUCGUCAGGUCGUUCAGUGCUUACGAUAGAGCACGACUAAUAAAACUGCCGCUUAUAAGCCCUGGGCUUAUUGAACUUCGUAAACGCUUUUAGAAGGGAUAAAAAAAAACGUGGCCUUUAUCCGGGUGGCCUUUAUCCGAGGGGGUUAUAACCGGAAUAAAAAGGCCGUUUCGAAACGAACUAUAGCUGCACAUGUUGAUCGAAAUAGUUUUUUUUCUUUAAAACAUUAAAUAAUUAAACGAAUUCAAAACAAGGAAAGCUAGAGGGGGGCUUAUGUCCGGGGAGGCUUAUAACUGGAUGUCUUUUUUGGUGUACAGGUAGAUGGACCUAUAGCC